AUGCCUGGAGAUGGCCCAAAGCAACAUCCUUGUAUAUCUUGUGGGAAAAGAACCAAAGCUGAUCAAAGACGUUUCAUUAAGCCUGGAUCUUCUGAAUCGUACAAACUAUACCUUCAACAUUUGGGACUUUCUGUUAAUUGUGAAAACUAUGUAUAUGUUACAUGCCUGAACUGUCAUACGAAAUUCUACAAGUCCAUAAAGAAAACUUCAAAAGAAACAGAGGAAGAUUAUGAACCACCAGCAAAGUCUCUGAAAUCAGAUGUCAAAAGUCCGAACAUUAUUCCAUUGCCCAUAGUUUCUUCAGGAAAAAGUCACUCAUCCUGUGUCAUUUGUAAGAAGAGGACAUCAAGGCUCCUCACCCUGUCUGCAGAGAGACGGCAUCAUAUAUUCAUUUUAUCAGGACACCUUCUGCUGUCGGGUGCACGGUCUGUACAUGACACCACCUACUUCAACAAAACAGACAUUUUUUCUUUGAUUUCGACAAUAAGAGCAGCAGCAAUUAGAAAUAAGAAAAACAGAUUAGACUUUGACAGCAGCGAUGGCCUUUCUGACGCAGAUUCUGUGAAUUUAACAGGAAUUUCCAGAGCAGAUUUUGACGAUGUGGUGUCGCAUGUGCAGUCGAUUAGAGCUACGAUGAAUCGCAGCAUCAGAGCUUGUAUUGCUCUUCUACUGGUGAAACUAAGGACUGGUCUUUCCCAUCGAAUGCUAUCAACACUCUUCAACAUUGAAAAAUGUGGUGUCAGAGGGGCAAUAACAACAGCCAGGAGAGAACUUUCUGAGACUUUUACUCCUAAAUAUGUGGGAUUUGACCAUAUCUCAAGGGAAGAGAUUAUCCAGGAUCACACGACGCCACUUGCGAAGGAGCUGUUUGGCAGUGAUCUACACAAUCCAGCUAUUUUAGUCGUGGAUGGAACCUACGUUUUUAUCCAAAAAAGUAGUAACUUCAGGUUCCAGCGCAGGUCGUACAGCCAGCACAAAAACCGACCUCUAGUCAAGCCGAUGGUUAUAGUGUCUACGACCGGCUACAUAAUAUCAGUCCUUGGACCAUAUUUUGCAGACCAGAAAAACAACGAUGCGAGCAUCCUGAAGCACAACAUUCAGUCCAACAUGGAGAACAUCAAAGAUUGGCUGCAUCAGGAGGAUGUCCUCGUAGUGGACCGUGGCUUCAGAGACUCAAUCAAUUUCCUUGACAGCUUGGGAAUCAGAUGCCAGAUGCCCGCCUUUCUUCCAAAGGGCCAGAAACAACACACAACAGAUGAGGCGAAUACAUCGAGACUGGUCACCAAAAUCCGUUGGAUUGUUGAGUCGGUAAAUGGACGACUGAAACAGUGGAAGUUUUUGCAAAAUGUUGUCCCGAAUACCCAGAUACCCUUCAUCAGGGAUUAUGUGUGCUUGGUUGCAGCUCUCUGUAAUAAGUACAGACAACCCUUAAAUGCUGGAAACCCAGAAAAUAAUGUGAUUUUAGCCGCUAAAAUGAAGUACUUAGCCUCUCAGACGAACAAACUUCAGGAGAGAGUGGAGUCUGAAGGACUACACAGAAGAGUCAAGUCAUGGACCCCAAUCAAUGCUGCUGAUUCAUUGGACUUUCCACGUCUCUCAGAGGAGGAUCUGUGUAAUUUGACUAUUGGUGUUUACCAGUUAAAGCUGGCUAAGGGGUACACUGCUCAGCAUAUGGAUGAAGAAGGUGAUUACGUCAUCAUGGUAAAUGCUGAUAUUCCUGAUGUUCUGCGGAUAAGGAUCCAGAGUCGACAUAUUUCAAGUAAACAAUACCUUCUUUGGAUAGAGCACUCAGAGGGAGCUGUUACUGGUUGGUAUUGCCAGUGUCGUGCUGGAGCAAGAAUUGUCGGGGCAUGUGCCCAUGUGGCCUCAGUUUUGUGGUUUCUCGGCUACGAGAGACAUGAUAACUUUGCAGUGAGACCAUCUCAAGACUGGGCUGACUAUCUUGAGGAUGCAGCUGUGCUUCCUGACUCCUCAGAAAGUGAAAUGAGCGCCACUGAAGAGUGACAAGAAUUGUGCCAUUGAUUUAU